GAUGGAAGACAAUCCUGACUUCAUUCACUUUAUACAGACGAUGUGGGUGGAAGACCAGACAGGUCGUGUCGUGUCAAUGCGCCACCUCUCACCUGCAGAGCCGGCUCCUGCCACGAUGUAUUUCGACGUCCCGGAAAAUGCGACGAGUUUGCGAGCGUUUGAGCUCUGUAACCUCCACGGCCUUUGGAGCAGCGAGGUGGUGAGCCUAAGCCCUGGCUCGGCCGCAGCCGGGUCCCGGAGCGGCUGCGCGCUUCGUCAGUGUGAGGAAGGUACGGCGGUUUCGGCGUGCCAGGCCUUUACAGGUGAGCUGCAGAGACGCGAGAACUACCAGCCCAAGGUCGAUCCGACAGGCAAGCAUACCCCAUACCUGAUGCUCAACGGCACCACAGCCACGAUUGUGGUCGGCAUCGGUGCAACUCCCGGAAACGAGGGCGGCUUAGUGCACCCAAUGGAGCCCUCAGAUGACAAGACCUUGGUGCACUGGAUUUCACACCUCUAUGCUGUGGACGACUUGGGGAACCUGGUUGCCUUUUGCGAUUUGUUGCCAACGGAGCCUGCGCCGGCCACUUGUACCUUCGAGGUGCCAGAAGGAAUCGGCUUUCUUAGGCCCUUCGAGUAUUGCAACGUACAUGGCCUGUACGUCGGCGAUAUCGUUCAGGUGUCCAGCUGGAAUUCCAGCGCCCAGCGCCAUUGCUUCAAAAGAGAAUGCUCUGACAGCCACCCCUCCCUGGGCCCCACCGCCCCGCGCAGCACUGCCGUGGAGGCAAUGAUUCAGCAACAGCAGCUGGCCGGUGCGAGGAUCAGUUCUGUGAACAUGUGCUUGAAGCACAUGGCCGUGUACUACAUUCCCAGGUCUUUGCUGAGUGCCGAGCUCCUUGUGGAGAUUGGUCUCCUGACACAAGACGGCGAUGCCGCGAGUGACGUGUCCCGACGUGUCCAGAUCUUCCCGGAGUUGUUCGCAAAGCUCAAUGCGCUGGGCGGCAAGUGGUCAGCCCGCAGCAUCGUCUUCGAGCAUACCAUGCAGGAGGCCAACGGGACCCAGCCGCAGCUGCGGCUGGACCUGAUCAACGAGGUGUCAGCG